AUGAACUCUCAGGAGCUUGCCCAUUUUGUGGAAGAAGAACAGGAAAACGAGAUGGUACAAAUGGCCGUAAGACUCUCGUUGACAGGCAGCGAGGAUGGACAGCGCGAUGAGGAGGUCAUGAUGGAGCCCCACCACGAGGAAGAAGAAACGCCACCAAUGAUCGACGUCAGUGCUCGGACUCGCCAGUUUCUGGAGGAAGAGCAGGAGAAGGAAAUGGUUGAAAUGGCCGUGAGACUCUCGUUGAGCGAGUGUGGGGCAGUUGGCACCAUCCAUGAAGAGGAAGCUCUGCCUGAUGCAGACCACACUGGAGGCCAGCCCUUUUUGGCGCCAGAGCAAGAGAAUCGGGAAGUGGUGCCGGAGUCCAGGAUCCCACAGGCACAGAGACCCAGCAUUCGCACCCAGCUGAUCUUGGAAGCAGAGCAAGAGAAGGAGAUGGUCGAAAUGGCAGUCAGGCUCUCCUUGUCGGAUGGAGCGAAUGAUUCCUCUGAUGAGUUUUCGGAAGAGAAUCCACCAGAAGGACCUGCAAUCGAGAACUGGAAACACAAAAAAAAUCCAGCAAAGGAUGAGUUGCGAGACAACGCCAUGCUGGCCUUUGAUCAGGCUUUCGACCAGUUUAGUGCGGAUCCAGUUCCUCGAGCGACAGGAAAACAAUCCAGAUCGACCAACAGCAUGGUGACCAAUACCGGCGCUGCCCUGUCAUCGUCCUGGCAUGGGCGUAAGAAGAAGAUGGUCGAAAUGGCGGUCAGGCUUUCCUUGUCUGAUGGAGCUACUGAUUCCUCUGAUGAUGAAGAGGAGUUUGCGGAAGAGAAUCCACCAGAAGGACCUGCAAUCCAGAACACUGUGGAAUGGAAACACAAAAAAGAUCCAUCAAAGGACGAGUUGCGAGCCAACGCCAUGCUGGCGUUUGAUCAGGCUUUCGACCAGUUUGGUUCGGAUCCAGUUCCCCGAGCGACAGGAAAACAGUCCAGAUCGACCAACAAAAAGGUGACCAAUAUUGGCGCUGCCCUGUCAUCGUCAUGGCAUGGGCCUAAGAAGAAGAAAGAAGAGCGCCAAGAAGACGAAAUGCGAGCAAGUGGCCAUGGCCCGACCAAAAAGUCAACAGGAAAGAAGUCUGGUGGAUUUCUUCAAAUCAAGAAACCCAAGCUGUUUUCUCGAAUGCUGGGUCAGGUUCAUCGUUCACCCGCAAAGACACCGUCCUCGCCAACAGCAGCAGCAACGGGCAAGGAAGAUGAUGACUAUGUGAUGCAGAUUGUCCAAGAGCGUGCUCAGCAGGCACUAGUGGAAGAAGAACAACGUCAUUCCUGUACAUCCUUGCCUCAUAACUCUGGUGGACCUGGGUCGAUGAACAUUCCCCGGGGGAGUGAUCAUGAGCGUUUCUCCAGGAUCAGAAGAAGUCGAUCCGGAUCGACGGAACUUCCCCGGGGGAGUGAUCAUGAGCGUGUCUUCAGAGCCAGAAGGCAACCUGUUGGGCGUUCCGAGAGAUCCAGGAGCCAACCACGACAGCGUCGGCCUGAUCGGGCGCCUCAACCUCAUCAGAAUGGCAACGACAAGGAAGACGACUUUCACGUCAUGCAAGUAGUUCGAGAGCGCGCUCGACAGGCCUUGUCUGAAGUCUCAGGUCCGCAGCAGCAGCCUCUGGAGAGCAGUGCUCAUCAAGAACCACUGCCAUCUGAUGGGGGGAAAUCAAAGAAUGGACUUGUGGCAAGUGCAAGACCAGGCGCAUAUGCAGGAAACCCAGGAGCAGGCCUCCAGCGAACCAAUACCCUUGAUUACAAGUCUGUGGGACUUGUGGGUAGCAUUGGGCGAAAAGAUUGA